CAAAUAUGGUUUUCCACUUGAUGAAGAUCACAAGAGGCCCUCAACACCCUCUCAUUUCCCAUCAACCCCAUGCAUGAAUCCAAUUAAUUCCCAUCAUCACCUUUCCCUCACUCUCCAAACUUCCAAACUCCACAACUCCACAACCACUUUCUUCUUCUUCCUCUUCUUUUUUCCUCUCUCUAUCCUAAUAACUCAAUGUCCUCCGGCGGCGCGAAACCAUCCGGCAAAGACGAAAGACGAAAACCGGCGCAAGAUCCGGCGGUGAAAUGCCCCCGCUGCGACUCCCCCAACACCAAAUUCUGCUACUACAACAACUACAGCCUCUCCCAGCCCCGCCACUUCUGCAAGACCUGCCGCCGCUACUGGACCAAAGGCGGCGCCCUCCGCAACGUCCCCAUCGGCGGCGGCUGCCGCAAGAACAAGAAGCUCAAGCCCUCCCCCCGCCUCCCCAACGACGCCGCCCCCCUCAAAUUCUCCUCCGCCAUGGAUAAUUUCCACCUCCACAACCACCAAUUCGCUUCCAAUUUCGCCGAUUUGUCGCCACAGCCUCCGUGCUUCGGCCUCGACCCCUCUCAAUUAGGGUUUGCCCCUUCGGUCAAGCAAGGGGAGAAUUUAGGGUUUCAGGAAAUGGCUCGCCACAGCAGUCUCGCGACCUCGAUUGAAUCGCUGAGCUCGAUCAACCAGGAUUUGCACUGGAAAUUGCAGCAGCAGAGACUAGCGGCGCUCUUCGCCGGCGACGGCGGGAUUCAGAAUCAGAAGGAAGCUUCUGGAAGCAUCCAGAAGCCGCAGACGAUCCAGUUUCAGAGCCUGGAAAAUCACAAGACGGAUGGAAGCUUCUCGAACACGGAGUGGUUCCUCAAUAGUAACAAUGCCGGAAAUUGGAGCGGCGGGAUUCAAGCGUGGGCGGAAUUGAGUCACUACACUUCUUCGCUGCCGUGAAAAGGUGUAGGGUUAAUAAAAAUGUUGCUAAAUUAGUUUAAUCAAUGUGUGUGUGUACCAAUUGUAGCAUUUUGUUGUUGUUGUUGUGUGUUUUUUUUUUCUUUUAUAUGUAUGUGUGUGUGUGUCAAUUACAGUUCCAUCAAGAACACAUGAUUAAUUACUUGAAGCUAUACAA